AUGAAGAACUUGAUCAUAACGAGAGCUGGCAACUCCACAAGGGUCAACUAUAACUUCUCGGAUUCUCCAAUACCAACAAUUACAUGGCUCAAGGAUGGGCUGCCUCUUCCCAAGCAUGUGACAGUGAGCAAUUCCGACACUUCAUCUCUUAGAUCGCGUCGUAUGAUGAGCGUAGACAUCGGGAUCGACACACUGACCUUGAGGAACAUCGUUGGGCAGGAAUCAUGCAUUGUUGAGAUAAGAGUCACAGAUAGAUCCAAGCCUCCAGGCCUGGUGGAGUUGGAUGAGAAUGUGUCUGGAACAUUGAUGAUCACUUUGACCGCCUCUCCGGAUGAGAAAAAAGAUGACAGGCUGCACUACCUGAUCACCAAGCGCGACUCCGUCAAGAGCAGUUGGCAAACGGUAGCGGGCCAUCUUUGCAACAAUAAGUUUACUGCCAUCAAUAUUUUGCCAGGAACGCAGGACAAGUUCCGCGUCUAUGCCAAGAAUGACAUGGGAAUUUCUCAACCUUCGGAGUCGCCAAACUGGGAAGUGAAGCGAGAGAAAGGUAGGGACAUGUGACAGCUGGUAGAUGCUUUGGUUCCAAAUCUUGUUGCUUAAUUCUUCAUCUAAUUCACACAAUUAAAUUUGGUGGACCUCUAUUCACUUAUUUCCAAACGUUACUUAUAUGCUACAUCUUCCAAUACUGACACAAAGCGAGCGAUACACAAACGCUUUUUAGAAUCUGAACACAUUUUUUACGUAUUCAUAUAGUGUGUGGUGCACACAACCCGCAAUGGACAAUCUGUCCAUUGACAAUCAAGCGUCUUGUCCCCCAAAUCGAAACUGAUCAAUAGCAGUAGCCAACCGAUGAGAGACAGCAAUAUUCCGUCUGUGUAUCCAGCAAAAUUGAGCUGCAGCUCUGCUUACCUCGUGGCUCCGAGAUGACAACAAGGGUGGCACACCUUGGGACGUUUGUGUUUCUGCAUCAUAAUGGCCAUACAUGGUUUAUUUCAAAUGUGAUGAAUGGGAAGGAACGCCAAUUAUUUCCA